AUGAAGGGAAUAAUCCAGGUUAGGUUUUCAGAGAAAAUAAGACGAAAUGGUAAAGGCAGCAGACGAUGAAGAAUCAUGUUCUUUAAUCUUAAGUAUUUGUGAAAGCAAUGUUAAGUAGAGUAAUAAAUUAUUGCCAGAAUUUGAGGCGUUGAUGGGGGCAACUUUGUCGUCGUUUCAUCCCAACUACGACUCCAUGGAGCUUCCCUUUCCACCGCAAGCACAAGGAAAACACGAAUACCUGAAAUAUAAGAUACCCCUUUUCACAUUUCUUUAACCCAUCAACAGGCUUUGACAAGAAAACAAAACAUGAACAACAAUAAAUCAACACAUUAAUCAAUCCCAUAAGCAAACCCCAUUAUUGUUAUUUACACCCCCAACUUUUCUCUUCUCAUUAAAUUCAAUAAACAAGUCAUGCUCUCACAUUCACAUGUACAUGGACAUGAAAGCUUUUCCUAGUCAAAUUUAAGUAAUACCCUUUUGAUUAAAUUAUACAACUUGACUAUGAUAGAAUCAAAGACAGAGCAGCAGCCUCAGUCCUGAUAGAUCAAUUUUCCAUUAAUUCCCACUUAAACAAGAAAAAGAAAUUAAGUUUUGUAUGUUUAAAAAAAAAUUACUUUUCCUCUCUGGAACUCGGGAGCUCUCAUUCUGUUCCUUACAUCAGCAGUCACAUAGUUUGGACAAUUUGGUUGCUUCUUUGCAUAUCCUCCUUUGUGUCUAUCUCUCUAUCUCUCUUUUUUUUUUAAAAAAAAAAAAAAAAAAACACUCACUCACAUAUUUGGUUUGGGCAUUUUGUUUUUCCCUAUAGCCUAGCCUAGCCUUUCUCUUUCCUUUCAUUUGCUCCAAUGGCUACUCUUAGUGAUAUUGGGGUGUCUGCCUUAAUCAAUAUUCUCACUGCAUUUGCCUUCUUGUUGGCUUUUGCUGUGCUGAGAAUUCAACCGGUCAAUGAUAGAGUUUACCUCCCAAAAUGGUAUAUCAAUGGAGGAAGGUCAAGCCCAAGAAGUGGUGGGAACUUUGUGGCCAAGUUUGUCAACCUCGAUUUCAAGACUUAUCUUACUUUCUUGAAUUGGAUGCCUCAAGCUUUGAAGAUGAGUGAGAGCGAGCUCAUCAACCAUGCUGGCCUUGACUCUGCUAUUUUCCUCAGAAUUUACUCUCUCGGUUGUUUCCUCUCUUACGGCUUUAAGAUUUUUGUACCCAUAACUGUCGUGGCACUUCUUAUCCUUAUUCCAGUGAAUGUGUCAAGUGGAACAUUAUUUUUCUUGAGGAAAGAAUUGGUUGUGAGUGACAUUGAUAAGCUCUCAAAAUCAAAUUUAUGGUGGGACUAUUUCAGGUUUUUUGUUCAUAUAGGAUUGGAAUACUUGUUCACAAUUUGGAUUUGUUACAUGCUCUACAAGGAAUAUGAUAAUGUGGCAACAAUGAGGCCGCGUUUCUUGGCUUCACAACGUAGGCGUGCAGAACAGUUCACUGUUGUUGUGAGGAAUGUGCCACAGAUUUCGGGUCACUCCGUAUCAGAUUCCCUGGACCAAUUCUUUAAAACAAAUCACCCUGAUACUUAUCUUUGUCACCAGGCUGUUUAUAAUGCAAACAAAUUCGCUAAAUUGGUGAGGAAAAGAGAUAGGCUUCAAAAUUGGCUAGACUAUAACCAACUGAAGUUCGAAAGACAUUCUGAGAAGAGACCAACUAAAAAGACUGGAUUUCUCGGGCUAUGGGGUAAAAGAGUUGAUUCCAUUGAUUUCUACAAACAACAAAUAAAAGAAUUCGAUAAAAAUAUGGCACUAGAGCGCCAGAAAGUUCUCAAAGACACAAAAUCUAUCCUGCCAGUUGCUUUUGUAUCAUUUAAAUCGCGUUGGGGGGCUGCUGUUUGUGCACAGACACAACAAAGCAAAAAUCCCACACUGUGGUUAACAAAUUGGGCUCCAGAACCCCGUGAUAUUUAUUGGCAAAAUCUGCCUAUACCAUUCCUCUCGUUGACCAUUCGGAAACUAAUAAUAUCAUUAUCAGUAUUUGCAUUGGUAUUUUUCUACAUGAUACCUAUUACUUUUGUGCAAUCUCUUGCAAAUUUAGAGGGUCUUGAAAGAGUUGCUCCUUUCCUUAGGCCGGUUAUAGAACUGAAGUUCAUCAAAUCUUUCUUGCAAGGUUUCCUUCCUGGUCUCGCUCUUAAAAUCCUUUUGUAUAUACUGCCUACAAUUUUGAUGAUCAUGUCAAAGAUUGAGGGACAUAUAGCUUUAUCAACUCUUGAACGACGAGCAUCAGCAAAGUACUAUUAUUUUAUGUUGGUGAAUGUGUUCUUGGGGAGUAUAGUGACUGGAACAGCUUUCGAGCAAUUGCACUCUUUCCUUCACCAAUCACGAACUCAGAUUCCUAGAACCAUAGGAGUGUCAAUACCGAUGAAGGCCACUCUCUUUAUUACAUAUAUAAUGGUUGACGGAUGGGCUCGUAUAGCUGGUGAGAUUCUCCGACUGAAACCGUUGGUUAUUUUUCAUCUUAAGAACAUGUUUAUGGUUAAGUCCGAAAGGGACAGAGAACAAGCCAUGGACCCUGGCAGUGUGGACUAUCCAGAAACUCUCCCAAGUCUCCAACUGUACUUCCUUCUGGGAAUUGUGUAUGCAGUGGUUACUCCCAUCCUUCUUCCUUUUAUAUUGAACUUCUUUGCCUUUGCGUACCUGGUUUACCGUCAUCAGAUAAUUAACGUCUACAAUCAACAGUAUGAGAGUGGUGCCGCAUUCUGGCCGCAUGUUCACAGCCGCAUAAUAGCAAGCUUAGUGAUCUCUCAACUUCAAUUAUUGGGUCUUCUCAAUACAAAAGAAGCUGCUAAUUCAACUCCUCUGCUUGCUAUCUUACCCAUAUUGACAUUAUCCUUCAAACAGUACUGCAAGCACCGUUUUGAGCCUGCAUUCCGAAGAUAUCCACUCGAGGAAGCAAUGAAAAAGGACAUAAUGGAUCAAACCACAGAACCUGAUGUUAAAACCUUCUUAGCUGAUGCGUACUUGCACCCGAUUUUCCGUUCCUUUGAAGAAGAGGAAUUGGAAGAAGUGAGAGUCGAUAAAGUUCGAGUUGGUAAGAACCAAAGUUAUGGCGACAAUGCUCAAAGUCAAACUAGUGAUGAUCACAGUUCCCCUUCCCCACCUCAUCAUCCCACCACCUCUGCGCCCCAAGAUGUUUAUCACCAUGGUUCCCACCCCAAUAUGCCUAUAACUUUUCCUCCCCUACCCAUUAUGGCUAUCAUUAUGAAGCAGAGCCGGGCAAUUCAAGGGACUAAUAUAUGUAUGCUUAGAACUAAGAAGUCUUAACCAAUUUGUCACUAACCAGGCAUUGAUGUUGAAGUCCUUUUCCAUUUCUGUAAAUUAUUUUUAGCUACUAUUCAUAUCACCUUGUCAAUCAAGGCAUUUUUCAGUAAAUUAUGGUUUGAUGUUCCACCAUGCUAAGUAAUUGUUGGGGGGAUCUUGGGUUAAUAUUCUAUUUAGUAUUUGAGUUUGGCUUCAA